AUGGCACCAAUCCAACCCCUCUCAACCACCCUCCCCCCUCUAAUCUGCGGCACCGCAACCUUCAACAUCCAGUACAACACCAACAUAUCCUCCAUCCCCACCAACGCCAUCGUCCGCCGCGCCCUUGACCUCGGCGUCCGCGCCUUCGACACCUCACCGUACUACGGCCCCUCCGAAAGCCUGCUCGGCGCCGCGCUACACGCCUGCUCAGCCAGGUAUCCGCGGUCCACCUACCACAUCCUCACGAAAGUAGGACGCAUCGGCGGCAGCGAGUUCGACUAUUCGGCAGAAUGGGUACGAUACAGCGUGAAGAGAUCCUUGCAGAGACUAGGCACACGGUACCUGGACGUCGUGUAUUGCCAUGAUGUGGAAUUCGUCACUCCCGCCGAAGUUCUCGCCGCCGUGCAAGAGCUGCGGCGCAUCAGAGAUGAAGAGGGCACGAUCAAGUAUGUGGGCAUUUCGGGGUACCCAGUCCAGUUAUUGUGCGAGCUUGCUGAGCUGGUGUUGAGGGAGACUGGGGAGCCGCUGGAUGCCGUGAUGAGCUAUGCGAAUUUCACGCUGCAGAAUAGCACGCUGUUGAGUGGGGGCAUUGAGAGGUUGAAGCGCGCCGGCGUGAGCGUGGUGCCGAAUGCUAGCCCGCUUGGGAUGGGGUUGCUUAGGAGUGCAGGCGUUCCGGUUGGGGGGAAAGGCGACUUUCAUCCUGCGCCUGGGGAGCUCAGAGCGCGGGUUAUGCAGGCGGCGAAGUUUGUGGAGCUGAGAGGAGAUAAACUUGAGGUUGUGGCUAUUAGAUGGGCGUUGGAGAGAUGGGCAAGAGAUGCGGCUACUGUGGGUGGGGUGGGCGCGAUUGGGAUUUCUGUUAUGGGUGUUAGUAAUUUAGAGGAGCUGGAGGAGACGAUGAGGGUUUGGAAUAGUGUUUUGGAUGGGCUGCCUGUUCCCGGGAGGAAGAUUGAGCAAGUGGAGGCUGAGUGGAGUCUUGGACGGAGGACAGAGAUUGAGGCGUUGGCCGCUGGCAUUUGGGAUAUUUUGGGUGAUUUCAAAGAUUAUUGUUGGGCAAGUCCUGACGAGGGAUAUGUCAACAUCAGGACUGUCAAAGGCGUUGUUGCGGAGAUGCCUCCUCUUCUCGAGGUCAAGGAAGACAUAUCAAAGAGCAGUAGAUUAUAG